UCCCUGUGAGAAAAAAAAGUUGGGAUUGCUGGCUAUUUCAGGGAUCAAUUUUAAUCCCUGAAAGAUUUGGGGGGAGAAACGUACGGUUCUUGGACUUGGCUUCUUAACUUCCUAACUGUUAGUAUUAGCUUGCAGGAGUAUCUGCUAUUCAGAGACGAUUUGUACUUGGUAAACAAGCGUUUGAUUUUGGGUGAUACUGUACUAUCUAGUGGGAAUAUACCGCAUAAAGAUGCAAAUUUUGUUUCGUCUAUUAGCCCUUUGUCCCAACUUUUUGGGCGAAACAGUAGUGAUUAGUCAAUAUGGUGCGGAUAAUAAUUUACGAAUACCUGGUAAAGCAGCUUUUUUCCCCUUUUGGAUCCGAGCAAGGAUUCUGAUGUUUCCUCAUGUAUGGCAGGGUUGUUUAUCUGUCUCGCUUCCUUUAGUAUUAUUGCAGUUUUAGCUCGCUUCUAUCAAGGUAAGGUAUCAGAACCAAGCUGACCAUUAGUAUUAUUGCAGUUUUAGCUCACUUCUAUCAAGGUAUCAGAACCAAGCUGACCAUUAGUUGGCCUGUUCUCAGCCACUAAUUGUUUUAUGAUUUAAUUCUCUUAGUGACUAGUGAGUGAGCUCAAAUUUCUGUAUUUACUCGCUUGCAAGAACCUCACUUCCAGAUAGAAACCAUGAUUUGCCUCUUUUUUUUGGCCAAUAGUAGGUCGACACAUUUCCUUAAACAGAAACCAUGUUCCCACCCCCCCCCCCCCCCUUACUCUGUACCUUUGUUGGCAUUUUACUCGCACCAUAGCAUGAAGUAUUCUGUACCAGGUAGCAGUCUUUGUAUUUGAAUGAUUCCUUGCAUGCAUUUUCUUGAGUAAUCCAGUCAAAGCGUGUGGCUGUGUGUCCAUCAGUGGCACUGUUUUAUGAUUGUGGUUACUUUGCCAGAUAGGCAGAAACAAAGAAAAAAAGUUUCACGCUUGGGUGGGUUAUCUUGGGAUGAGCAUGUCAUGGUCGCUUCAGUAAAUUUGCAUCUUGCAGAAGUAGCUCAUUAUUUUUUAUGAAUACUUCCUAGACAGUUCCCAAAAUGUGUUUCUGUCUUUGCUUUUGUCGCUUGUGUUUGUAAAAUUGGUGGCCAGAAGUAAACGAUAUCGUUAUAGAUCAUGCGAAGGGUUGCACUCAGUGUUAAGGUAGUUAAGAUAACCACUAAGACAGACCUAACUGAAACUAUUGUAGUAUGAGCCUCUCAUGUAGUCAUCGCUGCUUUAAAAUUUGGGAUCAAUUUCUUGAAUAGGAGCACAUCAUGACAUGAAAACUUUCUCACCCUUUAGUAAAGUCAGCAUCCAUUUUCUCCCUUUAGUUUUGAAUGACAGAAGACUCGCCACUUUUGUGUCUUAGCUUCUUUUCUUUGUUGGCUUUGUUAGGUAUCCACAUAUUUGUUUCCCCUCCACUCAUUUGAUGGAAAAGUUCAUGAUAUGUAGCCUGUUUUGUCAGUUAUGAAGUUGCACAUACUUCCUCUCCAUUCUAGUAGCAAGCCCAACUCUACUGCUAGAUCCAGUUGAGCUCUUGGUUAGACAUGUAGAACGAUGCAAAUGAGUAAAAAGAAAUUCUAGAUAUCCUCUAUGGACAGUUUUUUUUUAACUUUCUGAUAUUUGAUUUAGAUUUGCGUUGGAGCAAUGUUUCUCCAAGUGGUUUACGUGGUUGUUUUCUUUAUGUUUGGAUAUUUGCAGUGCUUUGUCUUCCAUACAAGCAGGUGAUAAGGUUUGGACGCUACAAGUCUCAAUGACAAUCUGCAGCUGUGAGGAGAUCAUUGAUGAGUUUGAGAUGCUAACGCGUGAUUCUGGACGCGUGCAGCAGGAUACACUGAGAAAGAUACUUGAAUUGAAUGCUGAUGCUGAGUAUCUGAAGCGCUUCCAUCUUGGAAAGAGAACCGACUCCGAGAGCUUCAAAUCCUGCAUUCCCUUAUGUGUGCAUAGUGACAUUGAGUCCUACAUCCAAAGGAUAGCCGAUGGUGACAACGCACUAGUGCUAACUGGGAAGCCCAUCACUUCCCUCUCCGUUAGUUCUGGUACAACGCAGGGAAAACCCAAGUUUUUACCAUUCAAUGAUGAAUUGAUUGAGACAACAAUUCAAAUAUUCCGAACCUCACAUGCAUUUAGGAACCGUGAAUAUCCUAUUGGCAGUGGAAAAACCUUGCAGUUUGUUUAUGGAAGCAAGCAAGUUUUUACCCAAGGGGGCAUUCUUGCUACAACUGCUACAACAAACUUGUACAGGAGUUGGCAUUUCAAGGAAGCAAUGAAGGAUAUCUUUUCUCAGUGCUGCAGUCCCAAUGAAGUCAUCUUUGGUCCGGACUUCCAUCAGUCUUUAUACUGUCACCUACUAUGCGGGUUAAUCUACUCGGAUGAAGUUCAAUUUGUUUUCUCGUCAUUUGCGCACAGCCUUGUCCAUGCAUUUCAUACCCUUGAGGAGGUCUGGGAAGAUCUAUGUGCUGAUAUAAGAGAUGGUGUUCUCUCGAAGCGAGUCACCACGCCAUCGAUCCGUCAAGCUGUUUCGAAGAUCUUGAGGCCCAACCCUGAGCUCGCUAGCUCGAUUUACGAUAAGUGCCUGAAUUUGAGUAAUUGGUAUGGGGUAAUCCCAACGCUGUGGCCAAAUGCAAAGUACAUCUAUGGCAUCAUGACUGGGUCCAUGGAGCCAUACCUAAAGAAAUUAAGACAUUAUGCUGGACCCUUGCCGCUGAUGAGUGCUGACUACGGUGCAUCUGAAGGAUGGGUUGGUUCUAACAUAAAUCCAACCAUGCCGCCAGAGGAGGUGACAUAUGCUGUUCUUCCGCAUAUUGCUUAUUUUGAGUUCAUUCCUCUGGAGAAACCAAAAGGGGAGGAAAUGGAGAACAGUUCCUCUAUUCAUUAUAUAGAGUCAGAGCCUGUUGGCUUAACUGAUGUUGAGAUUGGGAAAAUAUACGAAGUUGUAAUAACUAACUUUGCAGGUUUAUAUCGAUACAGACUGGGGGACAUCGUGAAGAUAGCAGGCUUUCACAACUCGACGCCAGAGCUCCAGUUCAUUUGUCGCAGAAGUCUAGUCCUGAGCAUCAAUAUUGACAAGAACACAGAGAAAGACCUGCAGCUAGCCGUUGAAGAGGCAGAGAAGCUCUUGGCCGCGGAGAAGCUCGAGGUGGUGGACUUCACAAGCCUUGUUGACAGAUCAAGCGACCCUGGGCACUACGUGAUCUUCUGGGAGGUGAGCUCUGAUGACGCCAGCGAUGAAGUCCUGAGCAGCUGCGCGAACAGCAUGGACCUCUCCUUUGUGGACGCAGGGUAUGUUGGUUCGAGGAAAAUCAAGACCAUUGGCGCGCUCGAGCUCCGUGUCCUCCGGAAGGGGACCUUUGGGCAGGUCAUGGAUCACUACCUGAGCCUUGGUGGCGCGGUGAGCCAGUUCAAGACACCGCGGUUCGUGAGCCAAUCAAACAGCAAGGUGCUGCAGAUUCUGAGCAGGAAUGUCACCCAGAGCUACUUCAGCACUGCAUAUGGGCUCUGAUACUUACACCAGUACUGGUAGCUGAAAUGUGAUAAUCGUCUUAUUACCUUAGUUCCUUUUACUUUGAUCGCUUCAUCUUGUCUAGUGAAAGUACUUCAUGCAUGGUCCAUUAUGCUCGGGGUAGCCCAACUGACAUUGUCAGUUGCCUAUGUAAGUAUAGCUGUUUGACAGAGUGAUAAUGUAUGUAGCUGUGUUGUAAGGUUAUUACUGCAUUCCUAGCAUUGCAUUCAGCAAACAUGUCCACAGGGUUGUCACUGAAGAAAAUUCAGAAAUAUUGCCAGUGUUCUCACGCAAGUCAA